AUGGGCGGCGAAAGAGCCAAGCAUCAGCGGCCAGCUCGGCUCCUCGGCCGGCUUCUCUUCGGGUUAAGGGCCCGGACUAGCCAAUCGAGUCUUGCCGCCGAGGCCGUGGAGCCGCAGGCUCCGCCUUUCAAAGUCGAGCUGAAGGACCUCGACCACCUCCGCAGCAGCUUCACGCUUUCGAUCGGUCCCAGCGGCUGCCGCCUGUCAAGGAUAGAGUCAGCAAUACGCAGCACCGCCUACUUCCGCAUUGGCAACCACGAGAGGCUGCUGUUUUACAGUGACGCGGUGGCCCCGCCCGUCUCGGCCGGCGCCCGCCUAGCCCACACCUCGACCCUGUACUACCGCCUAUGCAGUAGGACCGCCAAUGUACAGGGGCCGCGCAUCAGCUGGGAGGGAGACCGGAACUCUGCCCCCGGUCCUGGCCUGCUCGAGGGAGCGCUUCUGCAGGCCAUCAAACAGGGCAAGACCAUCAAGGCCCUAAGGGAGGAUAUCGCGUGUGCCUUGGCGGUAGGCGAUCCAAACCGCAUUGUGUUGAUCGCACGAGGCGGCCUCCGAGAAGGUCCAGUCGAGGGUAAUUACUGGGAUAUCUCGCAAGUCGGUUCGGCCUGGCUCGCUCGUCGUCUGGGAGUCAAUGUCUCGAAGCAGCGAGACUAUCUAGUUGUCAGGGGUAUCCGCCGGGAGUACGUCUACCACCCUUCCCUAAGCGGUGGACAGCAUAACUCGUAUGAGAGUCGCGCAGCCGGCUCGCUGCGUGUCCACGAGAUCCGCGACUGGCUACAUUCUCGCAUUGUUGGCGGCCAGGAUAGGGCCCUGGGGUUGCAGUGCGAGGGCAUCGAUUUCGCAAGGCGCUCCAUCCGGCUCCUGAGGGGAAGCCACGGCAGAGGGCGGGACCUUCGCCGAGCCGACUGGGUUGCGCUUGGCGCCAACGCUGUCGAGUUUCGCGUACCACUCGAGGUCGCGGAAGCCCAUUCGGCCCAGGACGCAUGGCUGCUGGGGCCGAGCGAGGAGUGCGCUGUGUGCGGCGACAAGAAGACGAUAGCCGACAUGCCGCUGAGGAUCACCGAGAGAUGCGAACACGCACGUCCGGGGACAUGCAAGGACUGCCUGCGGCGUUGGAUCGAGUCGAGCCUUGCCGACACGGUAUGGGACCGGCUCCGCUGCCCGGAGUGUCCGCAGCUGCUCACACACGCCGACGUGAGGCGAUGGGCUUCCAGCCCUGUCUUUGCCCGCUACGACGGCCUCGCCCUCCGCGCCGCUCUUGGGGAGAUGCGGCACUUCCGCUGGUGCCUUGCCGGCUGCGGGUCUGGCCAGAUCCACGUCUCGCGGCCGAGGUCGCCCCCGUCGUCGUGCAAGCCCGAGGUCUUCCGGUGCCACGUCUGCCACGCCCGCCAGUGCACUGUGCACGAUGUCCCCUGGCACCGCGGGGAGACGUGCGCCGACUUUGACCUCCGCGCGCGUCGGCGGCUGCGCGACGACCUCAGGACGCGUGAGGCCGUCUCCAAGAUGGCCAAGGCCUGCCCGGGCUGCCUCCGCGACGUCCACAAGCACUCGGGUUGCAACCACAUCACCUGCCUCUGCGGCCACGAGUGGUGCUAUAUGUGCUUUGCCCCCUAUGUGCGCGACGGCGCCGGCUUCCUGAGGUGCCGCCAUGAGCCCCGGUGCUCCGAGCGCGACCCCCUGGCCGAGAUACCGCCGCCGGCCCGUACGCCCCCUCCCGAGGACGCUCCUGCCGAGCCCGAGCAGCCGCGCGCCCCGACGCCUCCACCCCCGGCCCCUGAGGAUCUUGAGCAAGACCAGGUCUUGGACGCCUAG